AUGUAUCCAAUGUCAACAAUCACCACAGGAUUAUCGAAAUUUCAAACGACAACAAUAGAAUCGAAUCUAUUAUCAUCACAAAUAGAUAAAGCAACUAUUGUUCGUAUUCGACUUGUAUUUCUUCGAAUAGGUGAAAUUGAUACAUUAAAUGAAAAAUAUCAAGCACAUGUAUCUAUUGAAUCUCGUUGGUCUAUUUUAUUUGAAAAAUUUUCAUAUAAUUUAUCAUCAGAUGAUCAACAACGUUUAAAUAAUGGAAAAUCAGUUUCUCUUGAAAAAUAUUCACAAUCUUAUUGGCAUCCACAACUUUAUAUUGAAAAUGGUCUAGGUGAUUUAAAAGAACAAAUAAAAUAUAGUGCAAAAUUAAAUAAAGAAAAUCACACAAUAGAUAUUUGUGAACAUCGAGAUAUAAAAGGAUUUUUUUGGGAAAAACUUGAAUUACAACAUUUUCCAAGUGAUAUUCAAGGUUUAUCAGUUUCAAUAACUUCAAUGUUUUUUACUGAUAAAGUUAUUUUAACGGCUGAUCCAAACUAUUUUAGUGGAAUUAAUAGAGAAGCAUUUGUUGAUCAACAAGAAUGGUCUUUAUAUGAACAUAUUGAUACAAAACAAAGAUAUAUCAAUGAAUUUCUCUUUCAAACUAAUGAUGAUGAUGAUGAUGAUCAAGAUAAUGAUAAUCAACAAAUAACAAAUAAUACAGAAAAUCGAAAACGUUCAAUUUUAACAGUUACUUGUCAUGCGGCUCGUCAGUCCGAAUAUUUCUUUUGGAAUGGAUUUUGUCUUAUUUUUUUAAUUACUCUUUUGUCUUUUUGUACUUUUGGAAUACCAUUACAAAAUUUAGUAAAUCGACUUCAAGUAACAUGUACAGUUGUUUUAACAUCAAUUACAUUUCGUUGGACAGUUAAUCGAUCACUUCCAACAAUUUCUUAUUUAACAUCAUUAGAUAAAUAUGGAUUAUUAUGUAUAUUUAAUCUUAUUUUUCAUGCAAUAUGGCAUAGUAUUAUUAGUGUUAUUGCAUGGGAAUCUACAACAAAUUAUUCUGUAACAAAAAAUUCAUGGAUUAUGUAUUUAGAUCGAGGAGCUUUUUGUGUUUUUUUCAGUUUUUUUAUUAUUUUACAUAUUGGAAUGAUUAUAUGGUUUUAUCGUGUUCCAUUCAAACUUCGUAGACAAAUGAAACAAAAAGAUGAUCGAUAUAGAAUAUUAAUACAAGAGAAGAAGAAUCAAUCUAUUAAACAAAUAGUUUUCACAGAUUUAGCAACACAGUUUUAA